AGCCCUCAGACACCAGCUCCUGCUCCCCUCUCAGGCGAUACUUCCCUCAAAGAGAUGGAUGUGGCACCCAGGGCCCUGGCGCUCCUCUCGCCCCUGGUGCUCGCCCUGCUCAGCCUGUCGCCUGCACCCUCCUUGGGAGGAUGCCCGUCUGCUUGCCGGUGCUCUUUUGCCAUGCUGCAGUGCCUAGAGCCCAAUGGGAUAAGCAGCAUCCCACCGCUGGCGCUUCAGGAGAGUGAGAACGUGACGGAAAUCUACAUUGAAAAUCAGGCAGGUCUGGAGAACAUAACAGAGGUCAACCUUGCCAACUACAGAGAGCUGAAAAAUCUAACCGUCACAUCAUGUAAGCUGAGGUUCAUUUCUGCAAAUGCUUUCCAAAACAACCCGAAGCUGCAGUAUGUGAACCUUGCAUCGAACUUUCUGGAGCACAUCAACUGGAGAGUGUUUCAUUUUCUGCCUCUGCUCAACCUGAUUUUAAGGGACAACCCUCUCGUCUGCUCAUGUGACCUCUUCUGGCUGCAGCAGUGGCAGAAAGAAGAUCGUGGCGAUGUCGACAGCCAAAUGCUGUUUUGCUUGUCCAACGAUGAGGAAUUUCUCCUCAGUUCUUUGGUGAUCGAUAAUUGCAGUUUGCCUGAGGUGACCAUUUAUCCACCACAACAGAAGACCAGAGAGGGAGGAAACCUCGUGUUUGAAUGCCAUGUGACAGGAAGUCCCACCCCCAAAGUGACGUGGCAAACGAAAGAACUUGCAUCUAACUUUACAGUCCAGGAGAUAAUCACAAACUCCACGUUAACGCUGGUGCUUCAUCUCACCAACGUCUCCUUCAAAGACAACAUGCACAACUUGACGUGUGAGGCUGAGAACCAAGCUGGGCCCAACGAGGGGAUGGUGCAAUUGGACAUUGAGUUUCCAGCCAAAAUCAUCUUCUUCAAGGACGCCGUGAAACAUCACCACUGGUGCUUCCCGUUCGCCGUGGACGGGAAUCCUGACACAUACAUCUCCUGGUUCUUCAACGGAGAACCGUACAGAAAAAACAACUUCAUCUUCAUCCAGUUCAUCCCGGACUCGAACGACGGGUCAGUGAAACAUGGCUGCCUGACCUUAAACAAGCCGACCCACAUGAACAACGGAAACUACACUCUGGUGGCGGUGAACGAGCUCGGAGGGGAAAACGCCACGGCGUUUGGGAUGUUUAUGGAGAAUCCUUUCGAUAAAGGUGAUCCUGAGGGAAUCAUUAUAGUCUCUAAUGGGUAUCCAAGUAAGUUCUCAACUAACAAUGACUCCAUAUAACUUCUGUGUAUCUUCUCAGUGUUAACUUCCUGUGUGUUUUGUCUCUCAGGUCCAUCAAACAAACCGGUCGUGGACGUUACGGAGAAUUCAGAGAGUCGGGUGUUUGUGGUCUCUGUUGCUGUGGGCCUCGCUGUGUUCACCUGCAUCUUUCUGCUCAUCACAGUUUUGAUCAUUAACAAGUGUGGUCAGCAAACCAAGUUUGGUAUUCACCGCUCAUCAGUUCUCGGUAAGGAGGAUGACCUGGCCGUCUCGCUCCGCUUCAUGAAUUUCGGGACCAGCCCGCCUUCCUCUGACGAAGACUCUGGUUUAUCAAGUUUCGUGGAAAAUCCGCAGUACUUCUGUGGCAUCAUCAAGGACAAAGACAUGUGUGUGCAGCACAUUAAGCGGCAGGACAUUGUGUUGAAGUGGGAGCUCGGUGAAGGAGCGUUCGGCAAAGUCUACCUGGCAGAGUGUGCGAACCUCAGCCCCGACAGCGACAAGAUGCUGGUUGCCAUUAAGACUCUGAAGGAUGCCAACGAGUCGACGCGGCAGGACUUCCAGCGGGAGGCCGAGCUGCUGACGGUCCUCCAGCAUCAACACAUCGUGCGUUUCUACGGCGUGUGCACAGACGGCGAGCCGCUGGCCAUGGUGUUCGAGUACAUGAGGCACGGAGACCUCAACCGCUUCCUCCGAGCUCACGGGCCGGACGCUCGUAUCCUGGAGGAGUCCAAGUUGCCCCCGCUGGGGCAGCUGACUCUGCCCCAAAUGCUGCAGAUCGCCGCCCAGAUCGCCUCAGGCAUGGUUUACCUGGCGUCGCUGCACUUCGUCCACCGCGACCUGGCCACACGCAACUGUCUGGUGGGAGAAGGCCUGGUGGUGAAAAUCGGAGACUUCGGUAUGUCCAGAGACAUCUACAGCACAGACUACUACCGGGUCGGUGGACGUACGAUGCUUCCGAUCCGCUGGAUGCCGCCGGAGAGCAUCAUGUACAGGAAGUUCACAACGGAGAGCGACAUCUGGAGCUUUGGAGUCGUUCUUUGGGAAAUCUUCACCUACGGCAAACAACCCUGGUACCAGCUGUCCAACAGUGAGGCCAUUGAAUGCAUCACGCAGGGGCGGGAGCUGGAGCGGCCCCGCACCUGCCCCAAGGAGGUCUACCUGCUGAUGCACGGCUGCUGGCAGCGGGAGCCCCAGCAGAGGAUGGUCAUCAAGGACAUCCACAGCCGCCUGCAGGAGCUGGUCAAGAACCCACCCGUUUACCUGGACAUCCUGGGCUGAAGCGGGCCGAGACGCAGCCGGGGAGCAGAAAUCAAAGACUCAAAGCGUUGGGAUUCACGUUGGUCACUGUAAUCGGCUGAUUUUGCUUCAUUUAAGGCUUUAUUUCUAUUUUGGAGAUGAGCUUUUUGCCCCAUUUCUACUCGACUCAGAGUCCUGCUUUCUCCCCUGAGCUGCUCUGGAAAAAUGUCAAAUGUUUACCAAAGUGUUAAAAAGUUUAUCUGCUGUGGGAUCAGUGGGAUGGGAUGUGCAUGAAAAGUGUAACUUGAAAAUGAGGAUUUCGGAAGAUUUUGCAGCUUAAAAAAAAAAAGAAAUGUUUUCUGGAUUUGGAUGCAGCAGGAAGGUAUUUGUGUAACUUAUCUGAGUGAGGGGUUCAUGUAAAUGUAAAUAAGAAAAACCCAAUGAAAGAAUGUUUUUCAUGUGUCAAAUUGUCUGUAUCAUAUACUUAUUUUUCAAAAAAAAAUAGUUGGGUAUGAAGUGGAGAGAUUAAUCCCCAUGUUUACAUUUAAUGUGGACAGAAAUGCAUUUCCAAUCAGCAGCGGUUUGACCUGCGACACACACUCCACACUGGCCUUUUCUUCAAAAUUAGCAACAUUUUAACAUGCGACUGAGAAAGUAAAAAAAAAAAAAAAAAUCAAAGCUCUGCAGUGAAAUCCGGUAAGAGGGCGAGAUGGUGGGGGGAAGAUGGUUUGAGAGGCAACAGAUGGGUUAAAGAGCGACUCCAGGAGGGACAGAUGGCGCUGAAAGUGAAACUGGAGAAAAAAAACAAGAUCAGGUGAACAAACCACUGCAGCGCUUCAUGUAAAUACUACAUGUAUAUACUACACGUAUAUACUCUGUAUUAGUGUCGCAUUUAUGUACAGAAGAGAUCAGAAGUUUACAUACACAUUUUGGGGGCAUGCAUUAUUAAUCUUGAUUUAUUAUAACCAACCAGCUUUUUAUUUUUUCCAUCAGUCCCUGGCUCAGAUAAAACAUUUAGUUGCACAUGUUUGAAUUUGUGCUUUUUCAAGUGUAAUCAAGCUCAGAAAUUCACCCUAAUUUUUUUCAAAAACACAAAAUAUCACCAAAUAUUUUUGUUUGGUUUUUAGAGCAAAUGUCUUAAGUGCAUCUGAAGUAAGAAAACAACUUACAAGUGACUUUCCAGCUUAUUUAGAAUCAAUAAUUUCUUAAUAUUCAUUUAAAAAGUACUAAUUUCAUUGUCCAAUUUUUUUUACUUACCGCACAGAAAACAUGUCUUGUAAGUGAAAUAAUUUUCCAGUGAAAUAUUCUCAAUAAUAAGAAAUCAUUGGCUUAAAACAAGCUCAUAUUUCUUGCCUAAAAGUUACUUGGGAAUUAGCUUUGUCUUAUUUCAAGUGUAUUAAGAUACUUAGCAAAAACAAAAAGUGGACAA